AAUGUGCAGCUCCAAGAAGUGUAUGUCUUGCCAACCGCUGCUGUAAAACUUUUUCUCAGAUACAAUUAAUUGUCAGUAUGAGGUCUACAAGAACAAGAAAAGUAGCAAAUGAGCCACUGAAUUUGUCGGCAUUGGUAGAGGCUGAUCCACCAGAUUUUGAUAUAAAAAUAGUUGAUAAAGAGACUGGAUAUGGCGUGUUUUCUAGAAAACAUUUUGAGAAGGGAGAGCCUUUGUUCCUGUACAGAGGAACAAAAUCAGUUGGAAGUCUGGAUGUUAUGGAUGACAGUUAUGUGUUUGAAUUCAGUCACAAAGGCACAAUAUAUUGUAUUGAUGCCUCAAAAAAUGAUAAAAGUUUGGGAAGAAUGGUGAAUGAUGAAAACCGGACACCAAACUGUUUACCAAAGGUGGUUGAGGUUAUGGGACAACCAUAUGUUGUCUUCUUUGCUCUAAGGACUAUACAUCCUGGAGAUGAACUUAGAUAUAAUUAUGGAUCAGGGAAUUAUCCAUGGAGAAAAAAGGUUGUUAUAUUUUUUAUUAACUGAAAAAAAGAUUGUCUUUAUAAAUAAGGCUGUUUAAUUAAUGAAAUAUAAGAAGUCCAAUUGACUUUCUAUCUUUACUAAGGAAGGCACAGAAAGUUUUAAAGCCAUCUUUAUCAGUGAACCAAUUUUUGACUCAACUCAAUGUUGGUAUGUAAAUUUUGCUUUGUAAAAAAUUAAACACUUAAGUAAUAUUAGAAAAUAGCUUGUUAAUAAGAUUUUUCUUUAAAUAAGUGUAUCUUUUACUUACUAUACUAUAAUUAGACGUCAGGAGUUGUUUUAUAAGAAAAUCUAUAUAUUUCAGAAAGUUCACAGUAAUAAAUGAAUUAUUCAUAUUAUAUGUAAUAUGAUCAUCUAUAUAUAUUUCACGCGGGUUUUAAUAAAGAACAAGUGCAUAUUUUGACAUGACAAAUCUAGUAACCUUUUUAUUACAUAUGCACCCCAAACUAACAAAUGUUAAUGAAAAUAAGUUUAUAAUGUCCAAUUUUAUUUUAAAAAAUAGUAUCUUAAAAUUUUAUUUUUGUAUAUAUUUUCAAUUCAUAAUUUUGAAACCUCUCUGCCAAUGUCACAAACCACUUGCCCCCUCACAGCUAUAGGUUUGAAUCUCGAUCGGGACUUUGGGUUCUUUCAUGUGAGGAAGGUAUCAAUAUGGCUUACGAAACGUCAGUGGUUCUACUCAGAUGCCCUUUUGUACCUGAAAUAAUGCACUGAAGGGCACCUUGAGGUCUUCCUCCACCAGUAAAGCUGGAACGUCCCUGUAUGACCUAUACUGUGUCUAUGUGAUGUAAAACCCAAUCAAAAAAAAAAGAAGAAAAAAAAAUCAACAAAUACAAUAUUGCCUGAUGUCGUAAUAUAACAGUGAUGUAGAUUGUGUACAUUUAUGCAAAAUGUAAAUGUAAAUGAAUGCUUUGAAAAUCAGAUUGUUGUUUCUACUGAAAAUUUUACAGCUGUCAAGCUUUGAAAUAUUAACAAAUCAAGAUUUUAACAAGGAGUCAACUUGAUAUUUUUUCUGUUCACCAAACAUAUUAAUAAUGCAUAUUGCCUUUUGCAAAAAGUAAUUUUAAGAGAGUAAUUUAAGUAUUUUUGAAAGAUUUUACUUAGUUUACUGAUUGAUUUUUGCUGACCUUUUGACACUGCAAUAUUGCUUUACAAUUUUUCUUGAAAAGUAGUCUGUCAACUCAUAAAUAUGAAAAGUUCAACACGUCAAUAUAGAAAAAUAUUGACGUCUUCACUUGCAAUGUAAGUGAAUGGGGAAAAUUAUUGCAUAUGUAAUAAGUAAUAUUAUAUGUUACAAGUAAAUAUUUGUUGCAUAAGAUUUAUAAUUAUCCAUUCCUAAUAAUGUUUUGACAAACAGGUUUUCAGGAAAUUGUUUGUAAAAGGGAAGUUUGUUAUUUAGUUUUCUAUUCAAUUUUACUUAGAAACGAAGACUAGCAGAAUGUAAAGGUAUAUUUUGCCCAGUUAUAAUUUCUUGUUCUUGUUCAGUUUAAAGCUUUCAUGUUUUCAGUUUGUUAUGAAUUUUAAGCUCCCCUGAUCACAGACUAUGUACAGGGAGUUUUUUUUUUGAAUGUGGAUAUUAGUGAAAGUGUUAAAAUAAUUAUCAAACAAACUUAAUUAUUUUCCAUGAAAACAUGGUGAAUGCAUUAUUUACCACAAGGUCAAUUUGAUAAACAAGAAAUGUCUGUAAAUUUCUGUGGCUUUGUAUUUUUUACUAUCAAAAUAGAAAAAUUGAUAUCUUGCAAGAUCUAAGGUCCAAUGAUAUUUCAAAAUUUUCUAUGUUAUUUUAUAAGCUGUAAGAAGAAAGCAUUUUAUAUUUCUCACUGACCAGAUAUGGAAUUUAAUAUAGGGCUUAAGAGCUUAGAUGUUUGGCAUGAGACAUUGUCUAUGGACCUUUACAAAUAUUAUUUAUGGUAGAUUGUGGGAGUAGCUAAUAUUAAGAUGAAACUUGAGAUUGUUAGUUAGAUAUAUGGGAACAAGAAAAUGGUUACUUGCUUACAAUAGAAUUUUCAGCUUAUACUCAAUAACUUCAAGACACUAUGAGCUUAUGAUACCUUUCCCGGCAUGUGUGUAGCUUAUAUGAAAAUACAGUCUUGCAUUACUAUUUAGGUAUCUAAUAUAUAUUUUAUGUUGACAUAUUGAAACCAGCUUUCUGUGUUGGUAUAAAUUUAACUUGUAUUAUGCCCUGCUUUGGUAUUCUACAGAGGUUUUUAGAAUCUAGGUCAUUGUUUUGGGAUAAAAUUGUUUUUCUGAAUAACAACACAUAUACUAAAUCUACAUACUUUGGAAAGAGCUGUACAUCUUAAAUUUUGCAUGUAUUCAUUGUGUUGCAUUCAAAUGCUUUGUAUCCAUGUAUCUCAUCUAUUUGUAAAUGUGUCAUUCCUAAUUCCUGUCACAUCAAGACUUUGUCGUUAAAAACCUGGUUUUCGUUGCAUUGCAGCAUUUCUACUUGUUUAACUUAAGUGAUAUCUGCAUUAAACUUUGCUGAUUAUUGCAUAAAAUAUAAUGGAAAGAGAAAUAAGAACAAGAAGGUGUUUGCAAUCUUCAAUUUGUGUCGCACAUAGCUCAAAAAGUAUUUGAGCUAAAGUCAUGAAGCUUUACAGGAAUGUUUGUCAGUGUGUGUAGUUGUGCACCUUAGGUUUGGCUAGUGAAUUCAUGAAGUAUUCUGUAAGUACAAUCUUAUUAAUAAUUCAGAGUGUUUGAACAUUAAGUUCUGAAGCCCAAAUACAAAUUGACCUUGACCCUCUUUAUUUAACAGAGUAUGGUGACCAAAUGACAUUUACAGAGGACAGUGACCAAAGUAAAGAGGCAGAACUAGGGGCCAGCUAGU